AUGAAGAAAGUAUCCGCGACUCCCUAUUCAUUUCACCCAGCUUUGAAGUUCGGUGAUAUAGACAGGGCCCUACCGGAGCGUGUGAAGGAGUGCCUUAGUGUUAACUCUAAGAUGGCGUCCGACAGACCGGUGACGAAUAAGUUUAUUAACUCCCCGGAGAGUUGCGUGGAUGACAACCUGCGCGGGCUGGUGGCUUCCAACCCGCUGCUGCAUCUACACCCUCAGCAUAGGGUGGUCACCGUACGGCCAACGGAAGAUACUGGAAAGGUGGCUGUAAUUGGUGGAGGCGGUUCAGGACAUGAGCCUUUCGCUGCAGGUUUCGUUGGCGAGGGCAUGCUGGAUGGAGCGGUGGCCGGGGGCAUAUUCGCGUCACCACCAACCGGAAACGUCCUGUACGCCAUCACUCACUUGUACAAAUACAACUCGGGUGGUGUCCUCGUUUUAAUUGGAAAUUAUACAGGAGAUAGACUGAACUUUGGGAAAGCUAUAGAAAAAGCAAAAAUUGCUGGAAUUAAGGUUGAGGGUGUGAUUGUAGGCGAAGAUGUCGCGUCCAGCCACAACAAGACUGGAGGCAGAGGAAUGUGCGCGGAAGUUUAUUUAUAUAAGAUGUGUGGAGCCUUGGCGGCUCAGGGUGCGAGCUUGGAGGAAGUCCGAAACUUGGCGGUGGAAUCCAGCAACUACAUGGCUACCCUUGGCGUUUGCCUGAGCCCCUGUUCUUUGCCAGGUCAGGCACCACUAUUUGAGAUCUCGCGCGGCAUGAUGGAGCUGGGCGUGGGUGUGCACGGGGAGGCUGGCAUCUCUAAAGUGGAGCUCGGCACCGCCAGGGAGGUCGUCAGCCUUGUACUUGGGAAGAUAGUCGAACAUUUAAAUCUGACGUCUGGCCACAGCGUGACAGCAAUGGUAAACAAUUUGGGGGGCACUUCCAUACUCGAAAUGAACAUUAUAAGCAAGGAGAUCAAAGAGUACCUUGAAAACAAGCAGAUAACCUUAGAGAGACUAUACUCCGGGCACAUGAAGUCUUCGUUAGAAAUGCACGGGUUCCAAAUAUGCCUGCUGCACCUGGCGCCGGAGCACGCAGCUGGCUGGUUACGGUUGCUGGACACGGACACGUCAGCGCUCGCGUGGCCUGCGCCCGCGCCGGUCCGCGCAGGCGGAGGGGUCGGAGAUUAUGAGGACGCUACGGUGCAAACUAGUGAUGAGAAGGUCGCGACAGGUCCUUCUUUGUCGAGUUCGGAGCAGAGUCUAUUACGAGACUGUCUGAAGACAGCUUCAGAGGCGCUGAUUCAGAACGUGGAACUCCUCAACAGACUGGAUUCUGGUUGCGGGGAUGGGGACUGCGGGAACACUCUCAAGAGAUUUUCGUUGGCAAUAUUGGAGUAUAUAAGGACGGCAUCUAUGGAGUAUCCAAGCAAUGUGUUGUGGGACUUGUCGGAGAUCGCGGAGCGGGACAUGGGCGGCACAUCCGGCGGCAUCUACAGCUUGGGAUUGUCCGCUGCCUCGCAGGCCUUAGCUAGUGCAAACUGUAACGACGUGGCAUCAUGGCUGCUGGCGUGGGACAGCGCGACGCGGGCCAUAUCCAAGUAUGGGGGAGCGGAGCCUGGUGAUAGAACUAUGUUGGACAGUCUACAGACGGCGGCAGUUGCCUUCAAAGAGAACUUGUCGUUGGAUAUGAAGAGUCUGGUGCGGGCGGCUGCGGACGCGGCAGAGCGUGGUGCCGUCACCACGGCCGGCAUGACUGCAUCGGCAGGAAGGGCGUCCUACGUGUCCAGUGCUUACCACGGCGACGAAGACGCUGGCGCCCGCGCAGUAGCGAUAUGGCUUCAAGCUAUCUUCAACUGUAUCUCUAAACAAUUAUAG